AUGUCCAAAUGUGCCGGAUCCAGUGGUGGUGAACCAAUGCCAAAGCGUCACAAAGGAAACCAAGCAAUACCAUCAGCACUAUAUGAUAAUGGUGCAUGGAAAAUUCUGGAGCAAUUCCUCACUAUGUCCAUGCCAUUAUCUGAGAUGGACAACACGCUUGUAGCAUAUCUUGGUGAUCGAUACUCUGCAGAUGACUGGGUGGAGCCCCGACGUCUGUUAUUCUCCGGUGAUGCAGACAACAACAAAUCUCUAAGGAACCUCUCAGCACUAUGGAAAAGAUACAUACCGGAUCCUCCAGAAAAAUCUUCUGUGCGCAUGUCUGCAUCGAGGAAGCAUGCCCACUUGCCAAGUUCACAUAUUAGAAAAUCUCACAAGCCAUCCGAUGCUGUAAGAAUGUUUAUCUCACAUGAGGCCGAGGUUGGGGAGGAGGAGGAGGAGGAGGAGGAGGAGGAGGAGGGGUAUGGGGAUGGAACGUCUGUGCAGUCACCAAAGGUUACGUGCUUACCAGGACCAUCGGCAAAACAGAGGCUGGCUGUAACCUUUGAUGAAAUGGCCACUCAUUUUGAACAGAAUCCAGCCAGUUCAUCAGAAAGUCUCCAGGCUCCCAGCCACAGAGCAAUCGAAAGCAGGAUGUAUCUCCUUCACGUUCAAAGAGCUGUUACUGAAUACAUCGCUGAAUACCUUCAGAGGAAACAAUUUUCUGUUACUGUGUCAGCUUGGCUUGCAGGCCAGCUUUACGUUGUGGCAGACAGCCCUAAAUCCAUCACAGAUACACUGCCUUCCUCACUUUAUCAUGCUGUCAAACAGUAUCUUCGCAUCAUGGAAGAGGAACGUGAAGCUGUCAAGCGCUCGCAAGUCGUGCUUCCUACCCAGCGUGGCCUUUUGAAGAAAACUAUUAUUGAGUUUUCGAUGCAAUUUUUACGUGCGGGUGACUGGGCCAGGGUUACCAAUGGAGCUCUUCGUGGAGAGCUCGGUAGGGUCAUUUUGACUGACCAUGCUUGUGGUUCCAUGGGCUUGGAAAUCACUUUCGACAGGCAUCCAGAUGAAAUAGAACUUUGUCUCCAGGACAUAGAACAUGUCUUUCGGGUUGGCGACACCAUUAGAGUCGUAGCCGGUUCAUACUUAGGCUUAGAAGGAUACGUCCUCAAAAUGUGUGGUGAAGCGUUUCACGUGGAAGUCUCAAAGUAUUACUUGGAUCAGCAUCCUUUGAGGCACAUGAUUAACUCACAGCUGCCAGUGCAGCAACAUCUGGCGCCUCCCCCCGAAUAUGACACUAUCGAAAUCGGGGAUUUCAUACAAGUCCUGGGUGGGGAGCACAUAGGAAAAUGCGGCAUCAUUGACUGGAUCUCCAAGGGAGAAAGUAAUCUCUGGUUCCGAGAUAUCAUUACCCCUGAUGACACGGAGUCUGGACUUUCGAGUAUCUCAGUUCCUACAUCAUUGGUUCAGCGGAUGGACCUCGCCCAGACAAUCCAAUACACUCGAGAAAGAGGUUAUGAUGUUAGACCUGGCGACACUGUGACUGUCGCCUGCGGGCCUGAGUAUGGUGCAACCACAUAA